UAUCCUCCAGGCAGAGGGCGUACCCAACCUGUGGGUUAAUGAAAUACUAACUGUCAAUAUAAACAAGAAGUGCAAUUGACAGAGAAGCAAAUAAAUUGUUCAUCUGAAAUUGUAAAGAGCAGAGUUAUGGCUUCCAAUCUAUGGGAAGUGCUGAGUUCCCCUGGGCUACCUGGGAAUAUUUACCAGUUUGGUCAGUUUGCUGCACUGUUGUGUCUGAUUCUGCUGCUGCUAAAAGCCUGUGGGCUAUUUAUCAGGUGGAAAAGUCUCAAGGAUGCAUUGCAGAACUUUCCUGGUCCCCCCAAACACUGGCUGUAUGGGAAUGCAAAUCAGUUCCGUAAUGAUGGGACAGAUAUGGACAGGAUUCUCCUAUGGGCAAAUAAAUAUCCUAAAGCGUUCCCAUUGUGGGUUGGACAAUUCUUCGCCAGCCUAGUCAUUACUAACCCAGAAUAUGCAAAAGCUGCGUUUGCCAGAUCAGAUCCUAAAACACCAACUGGAUAUGAUUUUCUAAUCCCAUGGAUUGGAAAGGGCUUGCUUGUCCUGUCAGGAGAUACGUGGUUCCAGCACCGCAGGCUUCUCACACCAGGAUUUCACUAUGAUGUUCUGAAACCUUACGCCAAACUGAUAUCAGAUUCAACAAAGGUCAUGUUGGAUAAAUGGGUUCCAUUUUCCAAUAAAGGUGAACCAGUGGAGCUUUUCCACCAUGUCAGCCUGAUGACACUCGACAGCAUCAUGAAAUGUGCCUUUAGCUACCACAGCAACUGUCAGACUGACAAUGAUAAUUCCUACACGAAGGCUGUAUAUGAUCUCUCAUACCUGACUCAUCACAGGGCACGUACCUUUCCUUAUCACAAUAACCUAAUUUACUAUCUCAGUCCCCAUGGAUUCCUUUUCCGUAAAGCCUGCAGAAUAGCUCACCAGCACACAGAUAAGGUUAUUAAGCAGAGAAAAACCUUGCUACAGAAUAAGGAGGAGUUUGAGAAAGUCAAGCAGAAGCGCCAUCCAGAUUUCCUGGACAUCCUUCUUUGCGCCAGGGAUGAAAAUGGGAAGGGUCUAUCUGAUGAGGAUCUCCGUGCAGAGGUGGACACAUUCAUGUUUGAGGGCCAUGACACAACAGCCAGUGGGAUCUCUUGGAUCUUAUACUGUAUGGCCAAAUACCCAGAGCACCAGCAGAAAUGUCGUGAGGAGAUCAGAGACGUACUUGGAGAAAAGGAGUCUUUUGAAUGGGAGGAUCUUAACAAAAUACCCUAUACCACAAUGUGCAUCAAGGAGAGUCUCCGUCUUUAUCCUCCAGUUCCAGCUGUGUCAAGGGAACUAAACAAACCAAUUACAUUCUCUGAUGGACGGUCCUUACCUGCUGGCUCUGUCAUUUUCAUAAACAUUUUCUGCAUUCAUCGGAAUCCCACAGUAUGGAAAGAUCCAGAGGUCUUUGACCCACUCCGGUUUUCCUCAGAAAACUCUUCAAAGCGGCACUCCCAUGCAUUUGUUCCUUUUGCUGCUGGACCAAGAAACUGCAUUGGACAAAACUUUGCUAUGAACGAACUUAAAGUGGCCGUGGCCCUAACAUUAAACCGUUAUGAACUGUCGCCAGAUCUGUCCAAGGCACCGCUCAAAUCACCACAACUGGUCCUGCGUUCCAAAAACGGCAUCCAUGUGUACCUAAAGAAAGCAAGCUAUUAAUUCCAUUUUGUGAAUUUUGAUGUGAUUUGUGCUAAUCAGGAAAAAAACAUUUAUUUUUCCCCGAUCACCUUUCUUUUUGUCAAUCGCAUUUGAAAACUGUAUCUUCAGUUUUUACUGUAUCUACAAUUUUUACACAUUUCUUAAGAAAAAAACGUGAUUAAGGAAAAAAACUUGUAUUUUUUUUUGCUGCAUUUUGCACAAAUCAUGAUCUUGAAAUCAACCCCCAUGUGCUAUACCUUCCACUGUUUAGUUUUUAGCAAUAUGAGAAUCAGGUUUAUUUUAUGGUUCUUUAUAAAGGAAUAGAACUAUUAAUUUGUUGCCCUUGUACAUUUUAACCAUUAAAAGACUGGAUGUCAUCACCAGGUAAAUGACCAAAAUGUGACCAAACAUUUCCUCUACUUUACACCCCUAAAAAUUUUAGGUUGCUAUAUAUCACAUGAAACAGCCCCUAUGUAAGUCACUGAUUCACAUCCCAAAUGAAAAAGCUGGAACUUUAAAUAUUAAAAAGACACAUUUACCAA